UGACGCCGGUGUUACUGCAGUAACCUCCCUUGUGGAGCUCGCAUGCCACGUCCGCAUCGUAUUGCUGGAGGAAAUUUCAGCUCAUCUCAGAAUAAUUUUUAUUCCUGGAGUCUAAUUCAUUUCUAGUCGUGUAUAUCAGUUAUUCAAUAUGGUAUCUGUAAUCAACUCAGUUGAUACAGCUCAUGAAGAUAUGAUUCAUGAUGCUCAAAUGGAUUAUUAUGGCAAUAAGCUAGCAACAUGUUCUUCUGAUAAAUCUGUGAAAAUAUUUGAUGUCAGAAAUGGCAGCCAGACACUUCAGGCUGAUUUGAAAGCACAUGAUGGACCUGUCUGGCAGUUAGCAUGGGCACAUCCUAUGUUUGGAUGUUUGCUAGCAUCCUGUAGUUAUGAUCGUAAAGUCAUAAUAUGGAAAGAAACCAAUGGCACUUGGGCCAAACUCUAUGAAUAUUCAAAUCAUGAUUCCUCAGUCAAUUCUGUCUGCUUUGCUCCACAUGAAUUUGGUCUGAUGUUGGCUUGUGCAAGUUCAGAUGGCUCCAUCUCAAUUAUCUCAAGUCCAGGUGAAGGAGAUUGGGACACAAAGAAAAUCAUGAAUGCUCACUCUAGCGGUUGUAAUGCUGUCUCCUGGGCUAAUGCUAUUGCUCCAAGUUCUCUGGUAGAACAGACUGGUCGGCAGCAGGCCUGCAAACGAUUUGUUUCUGGUGGUUGCGAUAAUCUUGUUAAAAUCUGGAAGGAAUCUGAAGAUGGACAAUGGGUUUCUGAACAGAAACUAGAAAGUCAUAAUGAUUGGGUAAGAGAUGUUGCUUGGGCUCCUUCAAUUGGUCUCCCCAAAAGCAUUAUUGCCAGCUGUUCACAGGAUGGCUCUGUGGUAAUAUGGACCAAUGAUGGUACUGCCAACGUAUGGACACCCAAAAUACUAUAUCAAUUCAAUGACGUUGUUUGGCAUGUAAGUUGGUCUGUGACAGGCAAUAUUCUUGCUGUAUCAGGUGGAGAUAACAAGGUGACACUUUGGAAAGAGACAUUGGAAGGUGAAUGGGUCUGUAUAAGUGAUGUAUCUAAAGGUCAAGGCCAGUUAAAAUCAUCAAGUUAAACUGUGUCAUUAUAUAAACAUUUUACAACAUAUACGAGUAUAUAUAUUAAAAAAAAAAAAAGCUACAAA